AUGGAUUCCCUAACAUACCAUUUUCAAGGGGAGGUUCCAUGGUGUAUGUUGUUCACUGAUGAUAUAGCUCUACUUGAUGAGACACGAGGUGACGUUAAUGAGAUGUUGGAGGUUUGGAGGCAGACUCUGGAGUCCAAAGGUCUUAAGUUAAGUAAGACUAAGAUGGAAUACCUGGAGUGUAAGUGCAGCAGCAUGACGGGGGAAAUAGACAGGGUAGUGAGGCUCGACUCACAAUUCAUCCCCAAGAGAGAAAGUUUCAAGUGCCUAGGGUUUAUUAUCCAGGGUGAUGGGGAGAUCGACGAGGAUGUAAUGCAUCGUAUUGGGGUGGGGUGGAUGAGAUGGCGAUUACCGUCUGUAGUCUUGUGUGACAAGAGUGUUCCACCGAAACUUAAAGGUAAAUUUUACAGAGCGAUGGUUAAACCGGCUAUGUUCUAUGGGGUUGAGUGUUGUCCAGUAAAGAAUGCACAUAUCUAG